CGCACGGUAGAAACAGGAAGUAAAGGGAAAGCUACAACCAAACAAAAACAAGCUGAGCAAAAUUUAUUUGAAAACCGUGUUAAAAUGGACUCUCGGACUUUAAGUAACCAGUCACGCUGCGUGUUUUUUAAAUCCCUCUCAGAGGACUAUCGAUGUGUGGUGAUUUUAUCAGUAAAGCGAGCCACAGGAACCUUCUCCUUACUUGGAUGUGUUUUCAUGCUGUUUGUAAUCUGGCUGCUCCGACGGCAUCACUCCUUGGCUCAGAAGAUGAUUCUCAGCCUGACUGUCGCCGCCUUCUUCGACAGCAUAGCAUAUGUCAUGGGUGAAACCCAUCCAGAGGGAUCUCUCUGUGACUUCCAGGCCUGGUGGCUGACAUAUUUCGACUGGAGUGCCUUGGCCUGGGUUUGCCUCAUUACCCUGAAUCUGUAUCUGAACCUGGUCAGGGAAAUAAGCACCAACAGAUAUGAGAUGUAUUACCACCUGAUGGCGUGGGGGGUACCUCUGGUCAUGGCCUCUUUGCCGCUGCUGAAGGGUUACUACGGCACCGCAGGAGCAUGGUGCUGGAUCACAGACGGUCACGUAGCCUGGAGAUUUGGGAUAUGGUACGUGCCUCUCUUCAGCCUCAUCUUCCUCAUGAUCUGCUGCUAUGCCAGGAUCAUCUGUGUGGCCAAUAACCGAAUGCAGUCCUGGCGGGGAACCUUCAACCCCGAGCGGGAGAGACGAAAGGUUUCCUUAGGUGAGGAGAUCAAGCCGCUGAAGUGGUAUCCCUCCGUCUACCUGCUGGUGUCCAUCUUCCCGCUCAUUAACAGACUCCAUAAUGCCUUCUAUCCUGAAGAUCCGUCGUUCCCUCUCACACUUUUACACGUCCUGUCAGCACCUCUCCAUGGUUUGGCCAAUGCCUUUGUUUUUGGCCUGGAUAAAGAGUGGUGGAGUCUACUGAGACCCACUGGAUUGCAGCUGGCUCUGCAGUCACGGCUCUGCGACCGGACACGAAUCGGAGAGUACUACCCCGGGGCGGUGCGCUACACACAGGCAGACCUCAUGGACCCGAGCGAUGACGAUGACACCAACGUGCUCUUCUACUCUCCUGACAUGACCCUGAAAGAUCGAGGUCCUUGAGAGGGAGAGAGAAAGAGGGAGACAAAAGAGCUGGAGGGAAGAAGCUCAAAGGAGAGUCAGAGCCACGGAGAAACGCAGCGGAUUAGAAACUGAGAGGGAGGGAAUAAAACAGGGUAGGGAGGGAAUGGAAGACAAGAUUGUGGGGACAGUCAGGCAGAUAGAAGCCGGAGAUGAGCUGUCAGGUUCCAUUAUUAAUCCCCAUCCUUUACUAUUUAAUAUCCUUAAGACACCCACCGCACAUUCAGAGCAGAGCUCCAUUUCUGUGCAGCACGACUAUGGGAAAACUCUAAAGAUCAGCUAAAUGCUAAAGGCAUCUGCUGCUUCCGAAAAGGACUCAGAAACAUUUAGCUCCCUGAACCCUCUGUUUUCCACUGCAUUCUGCAGCAUUUUAGCAUGCCAGAACAAAAAGACAAAAAAAACAUGAGGCACUGCUGAAAGGCAAUCAUAACAAGAUGCUUCUUAAGCACUUGCAGCAAUCACCUUUUCAGUUCCCCACAGGAGAUGAGUUGAAAGGCAGGCCUUUAAAAAUCACCCUAUGUGUCAGCGUCUUGCUCUACCAUUAGAUUGAUCCCGGCACUACAUAAUUUUCCUGCCAAUAAGGGGAAGGUGGGUGUACAGUCGAAAUACAAAAAGGUAGAAGGGGGGGUUUAAAAAAUAGUCGAAGUGAGUCAGAAUUGGGAAAAACAAGUCCUGAUGUACAGCACAGGGGCUCUUUCCUCAGACAGUAUUAGUUUUCAGGCUGACUCUUUGCCUGUAACGUUGCAAGUUCUGCACAAAUGUUCCUUUGAAUUUGUAUUUUUGAUGAAAUGCCAUACUUUUGCUAUUUAUAACAGAUCAAUGUACUGUAUAUGUUUGAAUGUAAACUCUAUUUUUGUAUGUGCCUUGGGCUCAAAUGUAAAGAACAUUCUUCUGAUCAUCUUACUCUGAACAGCUUUAUUUUACUCAAAUCAACAUGCUGAAAAGUUUACAUACAUGCAUUGUGGCCAUGAAUUUCAUGUUAAUUUCAGGCUUUUGAUGAUGUUUCAAAAUUAUCCAUACAGUCUCAUGUACAUACUUGUACUCCCCUCUUGUGUUUGGUUAAAUGUCCUUUAGCAAGUUGCAGAAAAAAACAUAAGCUUCUGGAAUAACUCGAUCUGGAGAUUUGACCGCUUAUCCUUUCAGAAACUGUAGAGCUCAUGGAAAUUGUUUGACAUCUUGGCACAGAUCUGGCUUUUAAAUAUUUUGAGCACACCCGAUGUCUUGGCUGUCUGAGGAACUUGAUGUUAGCAGGAUUUUUCCAUUCCAAAACUAGUUUAGAUGUGUGUUUUGUUUCAAACAUUGUCCAGUUGAAACACCCUACUUCGUCAAACACCCCCUCAAACAACACAUCACAACCGAUGAAAGAAAAUUAAGAUGUUUAGGAACAAUGUAGGAACCACCCAGGCCUGCUGUGAACUGGAAGCCACUGGAACAUCAGUGUCACUGUCCAGAGUUUAAGCCAGCUCACAUCAACAUGGGCUUAGCGGGUGUGGACCAAGAAAGAGGCACCAGCUCCAAAAUCAACACCUUCUAGGAUGCCUGAAAUUUGCAGCAGCUUAUAUAGAAAGGGCAAAUGUCAGACAAGCUGGACUCAUGCUGGAGACACCAGGAGUGGAGUCCAGGUGAGGUUUUCAAACAAAAGAAUUAUGUACCAAUUAUGAAGCAAGGUGGUGGCGGCGGCAUGCUCAGGGUCUUUUUUUUUUUUUUUUUUUGCUGCCAUAGAUUGGCACAUUGCACAAAGUGAGUGGGAGGGUGUAGAAGGAGAAAUAAUUUCAAAGUCUUUAUCUUCACCUUAAAUCAACAGCUAGACGGUUGGAAUUUGAACACAAUUGAAUGUUUCAACAAUAAUGAUCCCAAACACACAUCAAAACUAGUUUACAAAUUGACAAAGACACCUAACAUUGAACUUCUGGAAUGGUCUCGACCUUAGUGAAGGUUUAUAGACUAUGUUUUUAAAAGAUGAGACUGUGCCAGGAAAAAAACACAUUUAAUUCUGCCAAGAGAAGUGGUCAAAGAUCCAACCAGGAUUAUACCACAGACCUGCUACUAAAUGCAUCAGUAGAAGCCUAAAGUAAUUCACUUGUACUGAUGAGUUUGUAUACACUUCAGACCAGUGCUCUGCACACACACGUUUGUUCUUAAGGUCAAAACACAUCAGCAAAAGGUGACACACAAGACACUUGCUGCCUUUCUCAGCUGAGCCGGCAGAGCUGAGGUGUGAUUGGCAGGAUAAUGGAGCCACUUUAUAUUCACACACAGCCCAUUUCCCAAUAUCUGGGUGAUCUCAUUAUUAUCUGUGUGCUCUGCUGACAGUCAGCUGCCUCUCUUAGAAGUUUGAGAUAAUAAACCCUCUCAGGUGUUUCUGAACUUUUCUGCUGGGUGUCAGUAACCAGAGUUUGCACCACUCACGUCAUUUCCUUUCAUUAUUAGCACUUAUGUUGGGUUUUUACUUGACUAUCACUCAAAUAAAUAACCAGAAGAGACAUUUCAUAACAAAACUGAGACUGGAUGUGUUAAUUUCAGUUUCACAAUGAUGCCAUUCUUCAACAACAACCAAAGACCAGUGGUUGCCUACAGUGCCUUGCAAAGCAUCGAUGCCCCCUCAGCUUUUUCUCACAUUUUGCCAUAUUACAACCACAAGCUGUGCAUAUCUUUCAGCUUUGCAUUUCUGGACAGUAAAUGGUAUAUCCCUUCUAGUUUGUAAAAUAGCUCAAGCUUAGUCAGAUUUUAUGUAGCAUAUGUGAACAUCGGUUUUCAUGUCUUGAUAAAGAUUUUCAUGGUCUGAAAACCAUGACCAGCUUGUCUCUGCUGAAGAAAGACAUCACCACCAUGAUGCGGCCACCACCAUGUUUCACAUGGUGAUGAGCAGUGUUAAGUUUUCUACCACAAACUUAUUAAACGUCCCCACAACCUCA